AUGUCGAUACUUAUUACAGGCGCAGGUGGCUACGUCGGCCAGGAACUGGCUGUUGCUCUCCUGUCCAGCUCGCCCACUGCUACAGUGACGCUUACGGAUGUUGUCGAGCCAGCUGUUCCAGCCCAGCAUGCCUCACGCGUAAAAAGCAUCCAGGCAGAUCUCACCUCCACGAAGGUCGUCGACGAGCUGAUCAACGAAUCCAAUCGCUUCGAAACCGUCUACCUCCUCCAUGGAAUCAUGUCCAGUGGCUCCGAGGCUAAUUUCGAGCUCGGGGUUCGAGUCAAUCUCGACUCGACUCGGUAUAUCCUUGACAGACUCCGCACCACGACGCCCGGCGUGAAAGUGGUGUUUACAUCAUCACUGGCUGUUUAUGGACUUGCGCCUCCGGGCUUCGUCAUUGACGAGACCAACUUCCCUCCCGUGCCUUCUUCCUCAUAUGGCUCGCAGAAGCUCAUCGUUGAGACACUGCUGAAUGAUUAUUCGCGGCGGGGAUUCUUGGACGGCAGAGCCGUUCGAUUGCCAACUGUGACUGUGCGCGCCGGGAAGCCCACACAAGCCGCGAGCAGUUUCGCCAGCGACAUCAUCCGAGAACCGUUCAAUGGGAAAAAGGCGGUUCUUCCCGUGAGCAAGGAAACGAAGAUGUGGAUCUGCUCGCCAUACACGGUAGUCAAGAAUCUUUUGCACGCAAAGGAUAUUCCCAAGGAGGCGUUUGGCGAGUCUCGGUCCGUUAAUCUGCCCGGAUUGGUUGUCACUGUUCAAGAGAUGCUGGAUGCGUUGGAGCAAGUGGGUGGACCGGAAAGACGAGCUUUGGUGGAGGAGAAAUAUGAUGCGGAUAUUGACAGGAUUGUGCAAACAUGGUCUCCUCACUUCAGCACGGCUCGGGCGACGAAAUUGGGCUUUUCGGAGGAUGUUCCUAUGGUUGAGAAUAUUAAACAGUAUGCCAGCCAGCGCCUAGCUUUCAACCUUAACCAGGCUCUCCGCAGCCGUAAUGCCUUGAAGGCCAUUCAGCCGGUCAAGCGUGGCUUUGCCUCCCCGGUUGCCCUGCCUUCUACCACCCAGUCGACCACCCUCUCCAACGGCUUCACUAUCGCCACUGAGCACUCGCCAUGGGCUCAGACUUCUACCGUCGGUGUCUGGAUCGACGCCGGUAGCCGGGCAGAGACUGACAAGACCAACGGAACCGCGCACUUCCUUGAGCACCUUGCUUUCAAGGGCACCAACAAGCGAUCCCAGCACCAAUUGGAACUCGAGAUUGAGAACAUGGGCGCUCACCUCAACGCCUACACAUCGAGAGAAAACACCGUCUACUACGCCAAGUCUUUCAACUCUGACGUCGGCAAGUCGGUCGACAUCCUCGCCGAUAUCCUUCAGAACUCCAAGCUGGAGCCCGGUGCCAUUGAGCGCGAAAGAGACGUGAUUCUGCGUGAGCAGGAGGAGGUUGACAAGCAGCUCGAGGAGGUUGUUUUCGACCACCUUCACGCCACUGCUUUCCAGAACCAGCCUCUCGGUCGCACAAUCCUUGGCCCCAAGGAGAACAUCCAGACCAUCUCCCGCAACAACCUGACCGACUACAUCAAGACCAACUACACCGCUGACCGCAUGGUUCUUGUUGGUGCUGGUGGUAUCCCCCACGAGCAGCUCGUCAGACUCGCCGAGGAGCACUUCGGUUCUCUCCCCAGCAAGCCCCCCACCUCUGCUGCCCUUGCCCUCACCGCCGAGCAGAAGCGCACCCCAGAGUUCAUUGGAUCCGAAGUCAGACUCCGUGAUGACACUCUCCCCUCUGCCCACAUCGCUCUCGCCGUCGAGGGUGUCAGCUGGAAGGACGAUGACUACUUCACCGCUCUCGUCACCCAGGCCAUCGUUGGUAACUGGGACCGUGCCAUGGGCAACUCCCCCUACCUCGGCAGCAAGCUUAGCUCCAUUGUCGACCACCAGAACCUCGCCAACAGCUUCAUGAGCUUCUCCACCAGCUACAGCGACACUGGUCUCUGGGGUAUCUACCUUGUCUCCGAGAACUUGACUCGUCUCGAUGACCUUGUUCACUUCACCCUCCGUGAAUGGUCUCGUCUGACCUUCAACGUCACCUCCGCUGAGGUUGAGCGUGCCAAGGCUCAGCUCAAGGCUUCCAUCCUUCUGUCUCUCGACGGCACCACCGCUGUUGCCGAGGACAUUGGUCGCCAGAUCAUCACCACCGGCCGCCGCCUCACCCCCGAGGACAUUGAGCGCACCAUUGGCCAGAUCACUGAGAAGGAUGUCAUGGAGUUUGCUUCCCGCAAGCUGUGGGACCAGGACGUCGCCGUCAGCGCCGUCGGCAGCAUCGAGGGUGUUUUGGACUACCAGCGUGUGAGAGCGGACAUGAGCCGAAACACCCUGUAA